AUGAGUGAAAUUUACGGUGUCGACAUUUCCAAGCAACCUGCAAUGGCCUACCGUACCAUUACACAAGCAAAAAAACAGAACCCAUUUGACCCGGUAGCUGAGUACGGACGCCUUCCUAGUAUCUACGCGACCUUUUUAUCUAUUGGUAGUGCUGUGAAUGUGCAAGACGCAUUUUUACCUGCUUGGGAGUGCGAUGGCACGCACAUGAAGGAUCCGUCGUACAAUGGCAUUUGUUUGACAAUUAUUGGUAUAGACGGGAACAAGCAAAAUGUGCAUAUUACAGUGGCCUACGUUCACAAAGAGACCGUCGACAACUUUGCCUGGUUUUUCGGGAACUGUAUUGUCGCUGGUAUAAAGAUGAGCAUUCGGCCUGCGUUUUGCGACAGAGGAAAACAGCUAGCAGCUCAAGCCUUGUUGCUUCGCAUCAACAUGAAAAUACACUUGAAGUUCUGCACACUGCAUAUCAGGUUUAACACCAUGGACAAAUUCAAAUCUCUGAGGUUAAACUUGAAGUCCCUCAUCAAAAAAAAAAUAGCAUCCAAGCAUCCUGCCGGAAUUUCAAAGCAGUAUUCAUCCCACAGAUUGGUGUGUUGUCGGUAA